CUGUGAGACCCGGACAGGAAGCCACGUGUCUCAGGCACCGGGGAAGCAGCAGGUCCGAGUUGUGUCUGUGUGUUUGUGUCUUUUUAAAACACACACAAAGUCACGUUUAUCUGCUCUGACUGAAACAUUCGUCGUUGUUGAGCUCGGGGGACAUUUCUUCCAAACAUGUCUUCGUUCAGGAAGGCGCUGAAGUCCCGACAGAGGAACCACCAUGAACGAUCUCAGCCUGGUGCCAGGAAACACUUGGGACUCCUGGAGAAGAAGAAGGACUACAAGCUCCGUGCAGAUGACUACCACAAGAAAAAAAACACGAUCUCUGCUCUGCGGAAGAAAGCUCUGGAGAAGAACCCGGAUGAGUUCUACUUUAACAUGAUCAACUCAAAGCUGCAGGAUGGAGUUCACGUAGCUACAAAAGCCACGGAGGAGGUGGAGGUGACAGAGGAGCAGAAGAAAAUGAUGAAGACGCAGGACAUCAGAUAUGUGGAGAUGAAGAGGGUUGCAGAGGUUAAGAAAAUCGAGAGGAUGAAAGCAGAGCUCCACCUCCUGGACGCAGACAGCAAACAGAAAAACAAGCACACAUUUUUUGUGGAUUCCAAGAAGGAAGUGGAGUCAUUUGACCUGGCAACCCACCUCAACACUGUUCCUGGGCUGGUGGACCGAGUGUACAACCGGCCGACUCUGGAGACCCUGGAGACCAAGAGCGUCCAGGGACCUGUAAAGAAUCGCAUUGUGCAGAAGUUCGCCCGGCACAGGAAGAACCAGUAUAAGAUGCUUUCCCAGAGGAUUGACAGAGAAAAGAAACUGUUUGUCAUCAGCCAGAAGAUCCAGACACGCAAGGAUCUGCAGGAUAAGACUAAAAAAGUGAAAGUGAAAAGAGAGACGACCAAUUCUGCAGCUAUUUACAAGUUUGAGACCAAGAGGAAACGCUGAGACGGGAUUCAUCAACCUUCCUAAUGACAUUUCUCCUUUUCCUCAAUUUUUGCUGACCCUGUGUAAUCUUGUACAUAUUUAUCCAAACCUUUUUUAGUUUGUUACAAAUAAUAAAUACGAGAAGAACACGCA